GUGGGAAAGAAAGUUUGGGAAGUUUCACACGAGCCGUUCGCGUGCAGUCCCAGAUAUAUAUAGAGGCCGCCAGGGCCUGGGGAUCACACAGGAUCCGGAGCUGGUGCUGAUAACAGUGGAAUCCCCCGUCUACCUCUCUCCUUGGUCCUGGAACAGCGCUACUGAUCGCCAAGUAGCCACAAAAUAUUAUUAUAAACCCUCAGCACUUGCUCAGUAGGUUUGUGAAAGUCUCAAGUAAAAGAGACACAAAGAAUUCUUUUUCGUGAAGAACUCCAAAAAUAAAAUUCUCUAGAGAUUAAAAAAAAAAAAAAAAAAGGAAAAUGCCAGCUGAUAUAAUGGAGAAAAAUUCCUCGUCCCCGGUGGCUGCUACCCCAGCCAGUGUCAACACGACACCGGAUAAACCAAAGACAGCAUCUGAGCACAGAAAGUCAUCAAAGCCUAUCAUGGAGAAAAGACGAAGAGCAAGAAUAAAUGAAAGUCUGAGCCAGCUGAAAACACUGAUUUUGGAUGCUCUUAAGAAAGAUAGCUCGCGGCAUUCCAAGCUGGAGAAGGCGGACAUUCUGGAAAUGACAGUGAAGCACCUCCGGAACCUGCAGCGGGCGCAGAUGACGGCUGCGCUGAGCACAGACCCAAGCGUGCUGGGGAAGUACCGCGCUGGCUUCAGCGAGUGCAUGAACGAGGUGACCCGCUUCCUGUCCACGUGCGAGGGCGUUAAUACCGAGGUGCGCACUCGGCUGCUCGGCCACCUGGCCAACUGCAUGACCCAGAUCAAUGCCAUGACCUACCCCGGGCAGCCGCACCCCGCCUUGCAGGCGCCGCCGCCGCCCCCACCAGGACCCGGCGGCCCCCAGCACGCGCCGUUCGCGCCGCCGCCGCCGCUCGUGCCCAUCCCCGGGGGCGCGGCGCCCCCUCCCGGCGGCGCGCCCUGCAAGCUGGGCAGCCAGGCUGGAGAGGCAGCUAAGGUGUUUGGAGGCUUCCAGGUGGUACCGGCUCCCGAUGGCCAGUUUGCUUUCCUCAUUCCCAACGGGGCCUUCGCGCACAGCGGCCCUGUCAUCCCGGUCUACACCAGCAACAGCGGCACCUCCGUGGGUCCCAACGCAGUGUCACCUUCCAGCGGCCCCUCGCUUACGGCAGACUCCAUGUGGAGGCCGUGGCGGAACUGAGGGGGCUCGAGGCCACCCCUCCUCCUAAACUCCCCAACCGACCUCUCUUCCCUCUGGACUGUAAACAGGAACUUGAAUACUGGGAGAGAAAAGGACUUUUUUGAUUAAGUGGUUACUUUGUGUUUUUUUAAUUUCUAAAAAGUUACCUUUUGUAGAGAGAGCUGUAUUAAGUGACUGACCAUGCACUAUAUUUGUAUAUAUUUUAUAUGUUCAUAUUGGAUUGCGCCUUUGUAUAAAAGCUCAGAUGACAUUUCGUUUUUUACACGAGAUUUCUUUUUUAUGUGAUGCCAAAGAUGUUUGAAAAUGCUCUUAAAAUAUCUUCCUUUGGGGAAGUUUAUUUGAGAAAAUAUAAUAAAAGGAAAAAGUAAAGGCUUUUA